AUGCAGUCUUACCCAAUAUUGUUAUUGCUUGGGCAGCUUGCCAGCGCUCAAGUCACUGAUCCUCUGCAAUACGUGGAUCAGCUUGUUGGCAGCUCCAAUGGCGGAAAUGUGUUCUCUGGAGCUACACUGCCUUACGGUAUGGCUAAGGCCGUGGCAGACACUAACAGCUCAUCGAAUCAAGGAGGCUUUACCACAGAUGGUAGCAACGUAACAGGAUUCUCCUCGAUGCACGACAGUGGGACCGGAGGCAAUCCUUCACUUGGUGACUUCGCUCUCUUCCCAUAUACUGGAUGCGUGAACGAUACAGUCGACGGCUGCAUCUUCCCAAAGCUCGAUCGUGCCACGCCUUUCGUCAACAGCUCUCUUCAAGCCUCGCCUGGCUAUUUCAGUCUGACCCUGCAGAGUGGCGUCAACGUAGCUAUGACUACGGCACAACAUACUUCGCUCUUCAGAUUCACCUUUCCUUCGUCCACAGCUCCAACAUAUGGCAACACUUCUACCCCAUCGAACAGCCCGCUGAUCCUGCUAGAUUUGACGGACCUUGCAGACUCGAGACAGGACAAUGCUACCAUCAGUGUCGAUGCGGCUACGGGACGAAUGACGGGUAGCUCCCGAUUUCUCCCUUCCUUCGGUACUGGCAAUUACGUAGCAUACUUCUGUGCCGACUUCUCUGGACCAGCAGUCCGCGACAACGGUAUCUUUGUCAACAGCAGAGCCAGUUCAGAUGUUAAGAUCCUCACAAUCUCCCGAGGUAUCAAUAGCAGACCUCUGCCUGGAGGAGCUUGGGUCCGCUUCAAGGACAGCAGUCCCGUCACAGUACGCACGGGCCUCAGCUUCAUCUCGUCUGACCAGGCCUGCAGUCUCGCUGAAAAUGAAAUUCCAGCUUUCGACUUCGACGCAACUCAAUCUGCAGCAGUGAGUGCAUGGAGGGCUAAGCUCAGUCCAAUCAGUGUCGCUACCACCGGCCUGAACAAAUCUGUGCUCAAGAACUUUUACAGUGGCAUCUAUCGGACCAUGGUCAACCCGCAGAACUAUACCGGUGUUAUUCCACUCGUGUCAGCAGAUGAGAUAUGGUUCGAUUCCUUUUACUGCAUUUGGGAUCUUUUCAGAUCACAACUACCGUUCUUGACCAUUCUCGACACAUUUAGCGUAGUCGACAUGAUCAAUGGGAUGCUGAGUAUCUACAAAUACCAGGGGUGGCUUCCAGACUGCCACAUGAGCUUAUGCAAAGGCUACACGCAAGGUGGAAGCAAUGCCGAUAAUGUCAUCGCCGAUGCCUUCCUCAAGAUCAAUAACUCUGGCAUUGACUGGGACCUGGCAUAUGAAGCCGUGAAGAAGGAUGCAGAGGAAGAACCUUAUGAUUGGUGCUGCGAGGGCAGAGGUGGUCUUGAUAGCUGGAAGAGCCUCGACUACAUACCAGUCCAGGAUUUCGACUACAAAGGAUUUGGCACCAUGACUCGUAGUGUGUCCAGAACAUUGGAGUACUCUUACAAUGACUUCUGCAUUUCACAGCUUGCCAAUGGUCUUGGCAAUCAAGGCGACCAAGAGCACUAUCAGCAGACGAGUGAGAACUGGGCCAACCUCUUCCGCAGCGAUCAGACCUCAUACACUUCCAACAAUACCGACACAGGCUUUACCGGCUUUUUCCAACCGAAGUAUUUGAAUCAGACAUGGGCUUUCCAGGAUCCUUUGCAUUGCAGCAAUAUCGACACGGAUCCGAACUCGAUCUGUUCAUUACAAAAUAAUGCUGCCGAGACAUUCGAAAGCAGUAUCUGGGAGUAUAGCUUCUUCGUUCCACAUGAUCAGGCUCGCUUGAUCAGCACAUUUGGCGGGCCGAAAGCGUUCGUGCGCAGACUGGACUAUCUGCACGAUCAGAAGAUCACAUAUAUUGGCAACGAGCCAGCUUUCUUGACAGUGUUCCAAUACCACUACGCUGGCCGACCAGCACUAUCAGCGAAGCGGAGCCACUUCUACAUCCCGCAGUACUUCCAACCAACACCAGAUGGUCUGCCUGGUAAUGACGACUCCGGUGCCAUGGGCUCCUUCGUAGCGUUUUCCAUGAUAGGCCUCUUUCCGAAUCCUGGACAGGACGUCUAUCUCAUCACGCCGCCUUACUUUGCUUCUGUCAAUAUCACUAGUCCUGUCACUGGCAAGACGGCAUGUAUCAGGAAUGUCGGAUUCGAUGCUUCGUACCAGAACAUCUAUAUCCAGAAGGCAACGUUGAACGGAGAGCCGUAUACCAAGAACUGGAUUGAUCAUUCUUUCUUUACGGAAGGGAAGGAGUUGGUGCUGUAUCUUGGACGGAACGAAAGUAGCUGGGGUACUCAUGUGGCGGACUUGCCCCCUAGCCUCAGCGCAUACCAGGGAUUUUAG